AUGAGAAAGGUAAAAUUGGAUCAAAAUUGUCAAAUUUGUGAUGACAAAGCUAUUGGUCGAAAUUUCAAUGCCAUAACUUGUGAAUCGUGUAAAGCAUUUUUUAGACGAUAUGCACUUAAAAACAAAAAAAUAAUUUGUGCCUCAAAUGGCAAUUGCAAGAUAACGGCCGACACAAGAAAAUUAUGUCAAAAAUGCAGACUUGAUAAGUGUUUUUCAGUCGGAAUGAAAAAAGAAUUUAUCCGAACUGUUGAAGAAAACGAAAACCGGCGAAAACUUAUUGAAGACAAUCGUAUCAAAAGAAAACAAAAUUCAGAUCAAAGAUCCGAUUCAUUUGACUCAUCAAUAAGUCCGUCAACACUAAGCUUCACAAGUGAUUUAACCAUAGAGUAUGACUCAAUCAAUGAAAUUAUUGACAGUUCUGUCGGUUUAAGUGAUGAGGAAUUGGAGCAACAAAUUAUGGACAUCGAAGACUUGGAUCAAAAUAGAUCAGUCAAUCAUAAGCUAUUAGAUUAUAAUAUUGUUAAUAAAAUGAUGGCAAAUAAAAUUACUCCCAUUUAUACAUCUAUUGUUGAUUACCAAGGAUUUAAUGAGUUGGAAGCUAACAGACUAUCAGAGUUGACUAAUGCUCUAAAUAUAUUAAAUUAUCCGAUAUUACUAUCAAAUAAUGUUAUUAAAUUGAAAAGUGUUGAACAAAUGUUUAAAUAUUCUAAAAAUAAAUUCGAAGAAUUUAUUAUAGAUAUGAUAAGAUUUACAAAAAAAUUAAACGGUUUUCAAAAUACCUGUCCCGAUGACCAGUGGGCACUCGUCAAAUACGGAGGAAUGGAUUUUUUCGGUAUCAGAAAUACACGAUUCUUUGAUAAGGAAACCGGAAAUUUUGUACUAACAUUGGAUGAAGAAAAUACAAUUAUAUUUGAUAUCGACUUAUUUCAAUUGAAACAAUUUCUCGAUUAUCCUAAACUAUUCAAACAAGUUCUAAAUAAACUUCUAAUUGAAAGUAGCCAUGAUCAAUUUGUUAUGGAUCUGUUAACAGCAAUUAUAUUGUUUAAUCCAAAUCGACCAAAAUUGGAACAUAGAGUUAACAUAAGAUAUGAGCAACAAUUAUAUAUUUAUUUAUUGCAACGAUAUUUGUAUCAAAAAUUCAAGUCUGAUUUUGAAACCAAAAGUAAACUUCAAAACUUAAUGAUUAUGUUAAAUGACAUUCAAAUGAUUAGUGAAAUACAGCGAACAUUGGCUUUGUCUGAAUUUAGACAUUAUUUACAAGACUACGGACCACUUGCUAAAGAAAUUUAUGGAUUAUCUUCUUAA